AAGAAGCCCAAAACGUCCGGCUUAAUCCGGGUCAUCAGACAAUUUUGUGUAGAAUUUGUGAAAGCUCAAAAAUGAUGGCACUCACUUCAUCUCCUACCUUCUGCCAAUUCCCUCCGCGCCAAACAAUUGGAUUUAGGGUUUCAUCUCUCGUCAAAGCCUUCUCCACCACUUCUUCCGCUGAAGGUGUAAUAACCAACUAUGAAGGAGUUAAAUUGGAGGAGAAAGUGACGGUCGAAGGCGUCGCUAAAACUAGGCUUGACGCUUGGAUUUCUUCCAAAAUUAAUGGAAUUAGCAGAGCUAGGGUUCAAUCCAGUAUUCGCGCUGGCCUUGUCUGCGUUAAUGGCCGCGUUGUCGAUAAGGUAUCAUAUGGUGUUAAAACAGGGGAUGAAAUCAACUGCACUAUAGCAAAACUGCAACCAUUGAGGGCUGAUGCAGAGGAUAUACCUUUGGACAUUACAUAUGAGGAUGACCAUGUUUUAGUUGUGAAUAAACCUCCACAUAUGGUUGUCCAUCCUGCACCUGGAAAUCCAAGGGGCACUCUUGUUAAUGCAAUUUUGAACCAUUGCAGUCUCCCCAAUGUUGCAUUAACUGAUGUUGGGUGGCUUUCUGAGGCAGAUGAUGUGUCUGAGGAUGAUCUCAAUAUAGACGUUCAUCCUAUGAAUCAAACUACUUGUGAAGAUGCAUCCUGUUCAAUUCGCCCUGGAAUAGUGCAUAGGCUAGACAAAGGCACCAGUGGAUUGCUGGUUGUUGCUAAGGAUGAACAUUCUCAUGCUCAUUUGGCAGAGCAAUUUAAGGCUCAUACAGUGACCAGAGUUUAUUUAAGUGUCACUUCCGGGGUGCCUACCUCUGCUUCUGGCCGCGUUGAGGUUCCAAUUGGUCGUGAUCUAAAUAAUCGAAUUCGGAUGACUGCUGCUACUGGACAUAAAUCUGGACCUUCGAGACAUGCUGCAAGUAGGUACAAAAUACUUGAAGUAUUAGCUAACGGAGGCGCAGCAUUAGUUGAAUGGAGAUUAGAAACUGGGCGUACACAUCAGAUUCGGGUGCAUGCAAAGUACAUGGGCAUUCCAUUACUGGGAGAUGAAUUGUAUGGUGGGACCAAGGAUAUGGCCUUAUCGUUGCUUCGACCAAGAACCCCAUCCACAUGUCAUUUACAGCUCAGUGAUCUGGUUUCCAGCAUAGAAAGGCCCUGCCUCCAUGCUAUGGUUCUUGGGUUUAAGCAUCCGUGUACUGGCAAAUACAUGCAUUUUUCAUGCCCUCCACCUGCUGAUCUUGCUGAAAUAUUGAGUCAGCUACGCAAUAUCUCAAAAUAAAUUGGUGCCCAAAUUCUGCGGAUACCACAUGUUCUUGUCAAGGUCCACUAAGUGGUGCUUCAACACUUUCUUUCAAGGGACAUCAAGCAAAUUGUGCUCUGGGUGUUUGCAAGGACCAAGUUCUGUAGGUGCUGAUUGUAGGAAGAGACUAUGAUGGUUCAGCAAGUCCAGUCUAAAGCCAACAUUCACUUCACAUAUGCUGGACACAAGAAGAAGGAUAAGAUGAGUAAUUCCACCAAGUUUUGUGGAUAUUUUGCUAUGGUAUGCCCUGUGAAGGAACUCUUAGAGUGAUAGUUAAUCACACUUGUAUAGAUGGUUUUCAUGUCACCUUAAUACAAUUAGCUUUUGUUACUCCACUUUUGCAUCUUCUCUUCUAUUUCAAAUUAUUACCAAACAAAUUAUCGAAGUAUGAAAAGGGACUUGAAGUCUCAGAAAUUUUUUUCCAUAUAUUACAAACAAUAAAAUCAAUUUGCUUGGUCAUGUAAUACACAAAAUUAGACCUGGCAAUCGGGUCGUUCGGGUCGGGUCAACAAAUAUUCGGGUUGGGUUUGGGUCGGGUUGUGUCAUUUCGGGUUUUGUGUCGAGUUUGGGUUAAUAGAUGGUCGGGUUGGGUAUCGGGUCAAAACUUUGUGUUGACCUUGGGUUAGGUCAAGUCAGGGUCGGUAGAGUUCUCAAGUUCAUAUAUCGAGUCAAGUCGGGUCGGGGUCAUGUUCGGGUCAGGUUUACUUUAGAUCGGGUCAUUUUGGGUCGAUACUUUGAGUCAAGGUUUAAUUAGUAGAUUUAUUAUUAUUUUUAUUACCAGUUGUUAAUGUUAAUAUCAUUGUUAUUGUUGUCAUCAAAAUCACAAGAUUAUUUUAACAUUAAUUAUUAUUAUUA